CUGCCAAAACCUCUAGAAAAAGGAAUCCACUGUUUCCCCAUGGCCUUUUCCCCCCUCUUUUUGCACACUUUGUCCUGAUUCUACUGUCCUCCGAAAUACCUCUGAGUAAGAGAGAGAGAGAGAGUAAAUAAUGGAAGUGAUGCUUUUUUUCCUUUCACAUCUCCAUUUCUUGCUUGGAGGUUUGUCUGUGUUUACAACUUGUGUUCCGCUCCCCACCACAUGAAUUUGAUAAAAACACUAAUUAUAAACAUUCACCACUUUCCCCGUUUGUUUCUCUCUAAACCGCUUUCUCGAGGUUUCUCACUCUCACCCUCGGGCCACUCUUGAGAACGAAGAUGAGGAAAAAUCUCGCCUUUCUUUUCAUAUCCGUCUGCGUCGUUUUCCCCAGCUCCUUGGGCAACCUACUCGCGCAGCCAGUGCAACCCAACACCGUGCCGGCCUUCCCCGUCCAGAACGAGGCACAAAGCUGCCGGCUUGACCUCUCGGACGAGCUCUUCGGCGGCGUAAAUGAAGCAUGCGGAAGGAAUCUAGAUCGGAGCCGAUGUUGCCCAGUGCUAGCGGCCUGGCUCUUCGCUGCUCACGCUCGUUCUGCUCUCCAGUUGCCGGCUUCGGCCCCAUCUCCGGAACCGGAUGAGCCCAUGAUGCCCGACGACUCGCAGAAGUGCGUGAACUCUCUGCAGAGUGCGCUAUUGACGAAACAAGUGAAGAUCCCACAGCCGAACUCGAGCUGCGACGCUAUCUUGUGCUUCUGCGGGAUUCGGCUCCACCAGAUAAGCUCCCUCAGUUGCCCCGCCGCUUUCAAUCACAAUGCGACUCCCACCGCCGCCGUCAAGAACCUGGAGAAGGAAUGUCGAAACUCCUCCUACGCUGGUUGUACCAGAUGCCUCGGCGCCCUUCAAAAGGUGAAGGGAGGAUACAAGAAGGGAGGAAGCGGAGAGACGGAGAGAGGGAGGAAGAUGAUGAGCAGGGAUUGUCAGCUCAUGGGGCUGACGUGGCUGCUGGCUCGCAACAAGACGGCCUACAUCCCCACCGUGUCAGCGGUGCUGAGAGCCGUCAUGUACAGUGCGCAUCCCCACUCCAGUUGCAGCCCCGACCAGGAGAACAUGCCUCUGGCCGUUGACUCUCUCCACCUCCACUCCAGCCUCUCCUCCCCUCUUUUCCCUUUUCCGCUUUUACCCCUACUCCUCUCCCUCUCUUUCUUCCUCUGAUCUUGUGCGGGUUCACGUGACAAAUCAAAAGGGGAGGGGUCCACUCUCCUUCUUGUAGAUGCUUUCCGUCCCAUUUUAGCCCCAAAGUCCAAGAGCCUUGACCAAGUAGUAUUAUUUAUUUUGGUGUUUAAAAAAAAGAGCUAGUUUCGUCCCAUGAGCAUGUUGGUCGUCUCUCUUCUCCCAAAGUCGAUCAAUUAUAAAUUAAAUAUUACCCAUU